AUGGCUUGGUGGAACAUGCUGGAUUCGUGCGUGGCAAUAGUGGAAGUUAAAGCCAUGAGGCCCGUCAUGUGGUUCCUGCAGCUACUGUUUGCAGGCGUAUCCUGGCUACAUCUGAGAUACUACAUGCCUGUAGCUACCUAUACCUACCCGCGGCACGCACAAGUUUUCAAUGAUGAAACGUUCGACUUCAUCGUGGUGGGUGCGGGGUCGGCGGGGGCCGUGAUUGCUGCACGGCUAGCCAAGGCGGUCGAGUUUCGGGUGCUGCUAAUCGAGGCGGGGGGCGAUCCGCCUGUUAACACCGAGCUUCCCAGCCUCACUCCGUUCGUGGCUAACACAGAAUUUGACUGGAACUACUACACUGAAGACGACGGUUACUCCAGCCAGGCUCACAGGACUAAAAACAUCCGCUUCACCCAAGGAAAAAUGCUCGGGGGUUCCAGUAGCGCCAACUACAUGUAUUACGUGCGAGGGAAUCCGCUGGAUUAUGAAAGGUGGAGUGAAUUGGGUGCUGAAGGGUGGGACUAUCGUAACGUUACAGGCUAUUUCAAAAAGAGCGAAGCAAUUAAAAAUCCAGAAAUCGUAAGAGCAUCGCCAGACCUGCAUAACACAGAAGGCCCUAUGGGAGUCACAUGGAUUCCCUGGGACCAGUAUACUAAGAAAUUUCUCUUAGCAUUUGAGAGUUAUGACUUUCACCUUGAUACGAAUCGAUUCGAUCAGCUGGGGUAUUCAUUCCCUCAGUACACAAUGUGGGACAAAAUUCGACAAAGUACUGCUAACGCUUUUCUCCGACGUGCCAAACAUUUGGAUAAUUUAUUCGUUCUCAAGAACUCCUUAUGCACUAAGGUACUUUUCAGUGAUAAUAAAACAGCUGUUGGUGUGGAGAUUAAAUUACCCAGUAAAGAAAUCAUCUACACCUAUGCUAGAAAGGAAAUCAUUUUAUCUGCCGGUGCUAUUAACACCCCCAAAUUGUUGAUGUUAUCAGGAAUCGGUCCCAGAGAUCAUUUGCUUGAAAAGGGUAUUCGUGUGUUGGUUGAUUUGCCAUUAGUAGGUAGUAACUUGCAAGACCAUGCUGCAACAAUUGUAAUACUGACAGGUGAAAAAGGCAUGGAAUCUGCAUAUCAUAACUUUAAAUUGUUUGCGAAUCUACACCGAUUUCCUACUCCUACUAUAAUGGGCUUCGAAACUCUAUCCGACGACAACACUAGGAUCCCAGAUUAUCAAACGUUUGUAUUUCCACUCCCAGCGGCAACUUUAAUUUCGACUAUGAUUUGUUCCUACGUGAUAGACCUCGAUGACAGAAUUUGCACAGCUGUGGCAGAGAUUGGUCAAAAACAAGAAACUCUUUUUACGUUGAUAACAUUGCUGCAUCCACGAUCCAGGGGACGUGUAGAGUUAAGGAGCAACAAUCCUGAAGUGGCUCCAAAAAUAUUUACAGGCUACUAUUCCAACGAAACAGAUCUAGAAAUACAUGCAAAAAGUGUAAUGGAUUAUAUCAAAAUCACUGAAAGCCAUUAUUUAAAGAGUCUCAAUUCUACGGUUGUUAACCUGAGAGUUCCUCAAUGUCAGAAUAUAAAAUUCAACACUUUAGAGUACUGGAAAUGUCACAUUCUGAACACAGCUACAACCGUAUGGCAUCCAGUCGGAACUUGUGCGAUGGGUAUUGAGGGCCAGAGCGUAGUAGAUGCUGAGUUGAGGGUGCGAGGUGUUCAUAGGCUAAGAAUAGGUGACGCUAGUGUUAUGCCGACCAUCACUAGUGGUAACACUAAUGCGCCUUGUAUUAUGAUUGGAGAGAAAUUGGCAGAUAUGAUCAAAGUGUCCUACACAGCAGAUCUAUUAUAAAGCCUGACCAUUAAUAUAUGAUCAUGCGCCAUGUUGCGGAAUUUCAUUGGAACUAAUUUCUUACACUGGCAAUAAUUUUAAUGAUAGGUUGUCACUGUUGUCACUUGUCAGUGUCAUUGUGGCGGUUUACUUGAAUACUACUUAAGUGUUGAAUAUUAAAUAAUAAAUGACAAAAAAUGGCCGAAACUAUACAUAAUCAAGAGCGAAACAUUGUAAAUAAUGUAAAUAAUAAACUGCUGGAAAAGAACCGUUCGGGAAAUUAAACUAUUUCGCUACGAAACAUUUCCAAAUUAACAUCAGAGCUGACAGGUAAACAAAUCAAAAUGUCAUUAUAGUCUGGUUAUUACGACUUGGUUAUUGUAGUGUUAUGUUAUACAUAAGUGAGGAAAUACUUAAGUACAGUAACAAAUAUGUGUUUGAAAAAUAUUUACUAUGGGCAAAGAUAUACAUAACAUAGAUUUUCAAUUUUAGUUUUAAUCUUGUGUCGAUAGAUGGCAAUAAAUUUACAGUGACUACAAAAUUUACUAUGACAAUAAUUCUCUAUACACUCUAUUCUCUUUGCUAUGGGCUUUGGAGACGAUGAAUUUUAUUCAUUGACAAUGUAGCAGACCCUAUUGUAAGGUAAUUUUGACCUAUGUGUGACGCGUAAGAAAAUACAUGAAUUUUACACGGUAAAAACCGACAAUAAAAAAAUGUGAACACCGAAUAUUUGGAUACUGAUUAUGAUUAGAGUGAGUAAAAGUAUGUAAGUCAAAAUAACGAGUUGCCAAUCCACAUUGUUCAGACUAUACUGAACUGUUGCCAUAUAAAUGAGAAUAAUAGCGCCCUCUUGACAAUGAUCAUAUAUUCCUGGUCAAGCUUUACUUAUAGGGUCCUAUAGUUUGUGAAAGGACUGUCUCAUUUCAAUCAUAGACAGAGAGAAUCAUACUAUCUUUGACUUACACUAGUACUUUUCCUGGUUCUUACUGACUGACAAAUUGGUUUGACUAAUCUAUGGAGCAAACCUAAAGUCAUUUAUUGGCU